AUGACCUCUUCCCUCACUCCACCCGACCCGACCCUCAACCACCUCCUGACCCUCCCCCCACUCCUCCAACCCAUCUCCCCCCCUCUCGCAGCCCUCCAUCUCGCUAGGGUACGCUUAUCCCUAUCGGUCCCCACGUCUUCAUCGUAUAUGGCCAAAUCACUGGAUGAUUGGUGUAAUCUAUGUGGCGGAUUGAGACUUCAUCUGGGAGGUGCUCAACCUCAACAAUCAACUAAGAAACGUAAACGCAAAGGUGGGAUAUGUGGGACAUGUGGAGAGAUGUAUAAGAAACCUUUAUCUGAAAAGAGUACUUUGGCGGAUUAUCCACCCGCGAGGAGAACCAGGAGGAUCAAGAGGGACGAGCAGCAGCAGCAGCAGCAAUGUGAAAUAACAUCAAAGUCACAAAAAGGCCAACAGAGUAAAGAUAUCGGUGUCGAUCGAUCUGAGGAAACGAAUAAAUCGAAUUCAGAUCUUCAACCAGUGCCGACUCCUCAACAAGAUAUAGAUUUCCAUGCCAUUGUUAAUUUACCCAUUCCUACAUUCAUAGAAAAUGAUCCACCCAAAUUACUCUCUCGUCCCUCCUUAUCACAUAUCCCCAAUUCAUCCCCCAACUUACCCACUUAUCCUCCUCCACAACCAAAACCCACCAGUUUCGUCACCAGCAGCAGUGGUAAGAAAUCCAUCACAGGUACUGGUGUAGGUGCAAGUGCAAGUGCGAAUAGUAAGAAAAAGAAAAAAUCCGGUUUAGCGAAAUUAUUAGCAGAGAAUAAAGAAAGGGAAAUGGUCAGUAAAGGAUCAGGAGGGAUGUGGGGUCUGGGAUAG